AAAGGCAGUUAAACCGGUGUCGUGACCGCGAAUAGACGCUUUCGUUUGGUUUCUCCGUUGGAAGCCUGUGUGGCGAUUGUGAGAUAAACAAACUUUUUGAGCCUCUACAUUUAUUUACUUUUGGAACUCAUUUGGUUCAUCUGUUCGGCCCGGCAAGGUGCCCCAAGAGCUGUUAUCAGUUGGCGGUAUUUGUGUUAAUUCGUGAUAAGUGAUUUGUCAAUGCAGUUCUUGCGAAGUUUUUCAGUGGUGAUUCGAUUGAAUGUGAAGAUUGGAACAGAUGUUACGAUGGAGAACUGCUUGCUCGAAUUCCAACAGUAGCAGUCAUUCUCGCUCGACGGAGAUUUAUCCCUACGGCAGCGGAUAAAUGAAAUCAUACAUGCUAGAGAGCCAACCGCCAGUGAACAAAGUGCUAAAAGGUGAAAUUCAAAACAAACAACUGAUUCGUGUCAUCGUCAUCAUCAAAGCCACCAUCACCGCUUCUAGCAAACGAUAACAGUAAACUUCAGCAGGUAGCAAAAUGAUGAAACAAUCCGUGAUGUCUGUGAUAUUAGUACUGCUACUACUCCAGUUAGUGAUAACCGGUGACGGAUUCAAUCUAUCACCGUUACCCAAUUAUGUGUUCAGAGAACCACCGCUGCAAUACUUUAUGCCGAAGGUGCGUUCGUCGCUGUUCGGAUUCGCACUCACCCUGAGGCCCGGAGGCGUCAUCGUGGGUGCACCUAGAGCACAAUCAAACCUCGCGGCGCAACGAAAAAUCAACGAAACCGGAGCUGUAUACAAGUGUCUGUACGCUAGCGGCGAAUGCAGCCCGUUCUACGUGGAUCGCAAUGGUAACACCAACAACGAGAAUGAACCAUUUGCGUAUAGCUCCGAGAAAAAGGACUACCAGUUUCUCGGAGCCAGUAUGGAUGGACACGGCUCGGACGGCGAUCGGUUCGUAGUGUGUGCACCGAAAAUAGUGACUGAACUUCAGGACUACUAUUUGCUGCACGGUAUCUGCUAUGACACCGAUGGAACGGAAAACAGUGAUCCUAAAACGGUGCGCCCUAUUUUUCCACUUAGGUUAAAAGAGAAACAGUUGUUCAAGCAAGAUGGUAUCACGCACUAUAACUAUAUGUACGGUGAACAAGGCCUCAGCGUGCAUGUAACCGAACACAGUGAAGAGAUUCUAAUCGGAGCACCAGGUGUUUUCAAUUGGCGCGGCACGGUUAUCCGAUACCGGCGCUAUGUGCACGAAAACAUCACCAUCAGUCGGCGUUCAGAAUCUUCUCGAGAGCGAAACAGCGACCGAUUCAAGCGCCAGAGCACAAAGUACGUUACGGAUAUCCCCAACCCAUUCUUCACCCGACUGGAAAGUGAUUCGUACUUCGGUUUUGCUGUCAGCUCUGGUUUUUUCCAGGAUCCCAAUAAGCUACUUUAUGUCGCGAGUGCCCCCCAGAUGACACUGCAAACGGGCGAGGUGUACAUUUUCGACAUUAUUGACGCGGGUGGCUUUUCGGAAACACAAAUUAAAAUUCUGUACACUUUCCCGGGCCAGCAGCAAGGCGAAUAUUUUGGGUAUGCCUUGCUAACGGAAGAUUUUAACGGUGACGAGCUACCGGAUUUAGCCGUUUCAGCUCCGAUGAACAGCAAGGAUUCAGAUCAUGAAAAUGGAGUUGUGUACAUUUUUCGUAACGAGGGAAAUCUACAUUUCGAGCAUCAGACGACAUUAUCCAGCGACUAUGAAUUCAGCGGACGAUUUGGAAUAAGUUUGGCAAAAAUUGGUGAUGUCAAUAAUGAUGGCUUCAACGAUAUCGCUAUAGGAGCUCCUUUCGAAGAAAAUGGUGCUGUUUACAUAUUUCUGGGAUCUUCCAGCGGGUUACAAACAAAGCCUUCACAGAAACUGGUUCCCCCAGAAAAUGGCCUAAUGGAUCCUUCAACUCAACCGAUGUUUGGACAUGCGAUUUCCCGAGGAGCUGACAUCGAUGCCAAUGGUUACCCGGACCUGGCGAUUGGAUCACCAAACUCUGAAACAGUGUACGUGUACCGAACGUAUCCGGUUGUGUCUGUUAAAAGUAGCGUUAGUUCAUCAAAGCGAGAGCUUUCACCGGAGGACACUGCUUUCCAGUUAACCGUUUGCUGGAGCUACGAAUCAGCAACGACUAUUCAGCAAGAUGUUGGUUUUAAUUAUUCAUUGAAAGUGGACGCUCAAAAUGGGCGGGCACAUCUUAGCGAUGGCAACAACUUCCUACAUGGAGCAGGGAAGAUCAACUCUGAUGAUUUCUGCCAAGAGUUCGACGUACGAGUGAAGCCAUCAUUCGCGGAUAUCUACAAACCCAUCUAUGUUGAUUUCAGCUACAACAUUCUAAGCAACAUUCCAACAAAUAGUGAAUUCUGUGAAAGCUGCGUUCUGAUGGACACAAGGUCGGGUAAUAGCGUUCGGGAGAAGAUCAGCUACAAAACAGGAUGUUCGGGCGAGACUUGCGUUUCCGAGUUGCAAUUAGAGGCGGUCUGGUUGGAUUUAACGUCACCAUAUAUCAUCGGCAGCACACGAACAGCAACACUUCAAUACGAAGUACAAAAUAUGGGAGAAAAUGCUUUUUUGCCCCAAUUGAAUGUUACUCUACCGUCACUACUUUCGCUUGCCAAAUUACCUCCACAAUGUAAACAAACAAAUCUUAACGAUGGACUAAAUGUUCUUUGCGAUCUCAAUAACGGUUUGCCAAUGCGAACUAAUUCGAAAGCAAAACUGCCCCUUGUUCUAGACAUGACGAAACUGGAAGGAAAAUCGUUCUCAUUGAAUGCGGAAGUUCUUAGUACCAGUGAUGAGAUGAAUUAUUUCGAUAACACGGUGGAAACCACACUGGUCCUAGAAAAGUUCAGUGCACUAGAAGUGAUUGGUAAAGCUUCGGCUACUGAAGUGAAUCUGGAAACACAAAGCGGUACGAUCAACGUCACGUAUCAGGUCGAGGUUAUGAACAAUGGGCCAAGCAGUUUACGUGAUUUAACCGUCGUCCUCAAAGUGCCACUAGUUUACCACAAACCUAGCUCUGCGGAUGUUCUGAAAAUUAUAAAGUUCAACGACAUUCAAAUCAGUGGAUACUACAACUACAAAAAUCUCGAGUUCACCUGGACUCAAAACAACACCAUCCUCAUUCCUAACGUGAAAGAGUAUUCAACAUCACCUCCCGAAGUCGAUAACUAUUACAAAGCAGGUCUGGAUUUUGGAAUUCUAUCUGGGGAGUCCAGCCAAGAUUCGACAGGAGACCACCAACAUUCAUUAAGCCGUCGAAGAAGAUCGUUGAACACUGGUUUCAAUGAUCUUCAAUAUAAUCGCUACACGAAUCAACUGCACCAGCAUUCACGAACGCGUCGUAGCGUUACAACAGUGAAUCCGGUGAUUCUAGCAGGGCUCCCUGCUAACCGGACUUUAGCCUUUCACUGCGAUUCAGAGGCGAUGAUCGAGUGCGCAGAAGUGAGUGUGCAAAUUGCCAACUUUAAACCAGGAAACAUUCCGAUCGUGAUCCACCUUCUGUUUCCAUUAGACCUGGAUGAGGUAGAACGUAGUUUCCUGGAGCGCGAAGAUAUCUUCGCACUGCAAAUUUUGUCUGAACUACAGAAACUUGAGGAUGAGGAGGGAAUCGGUUUCAGUGUGGCGAAAAACAAUCCCUUCACAGUCGUUUAUCGGUACGCGACCGCCAGUACUCCAAUCUGGGUAUACAUUGUGUCGGUGAUCGGAGGGUUGUUGCUCUUGGUUCUGAUUUCCUACGGGUUGUAUAAGGCUGGAUUUUUCAAGCGGGCAAAGAAGGAGGAAAUCGAGAAGUUACACCGCGAGAGUGUUAGAAUGAAUCAACCAGAGACCGAUGAUGAGCAUUGAAUCAUCCGAACAAUAGCGGUUCUAAGAACACAAAACGUUACCAAAUAGCAUUACUUUUAUCGCCUCGACUGUAGUUUAUAAUAAGUCAUUAAGAAUAGGUUUCCAAACAAGACUUUUGCCAUAGACAUUUAGUUUAAGUUAACUAUUUAUUGCGGAGGGAGUAGGGACUUCUUUCAAUAUUUGUUACGAGACUCAUACCAACCGUCAUCUGGUAAUAAACAUAAUUUGAUAUAUUUUCAACCGUUCGUUUUCGUCUCUCAAAAAAAUGUACAAAAUUUACGAUUAAGUAAAACUGCGAAAAAUCGAAUUGGAGAUACCAACUUUGUGCUCUUAACGAGCGGUACCCCCGAUUCCUGCAUCUGAAAUAAUUUCAUACUAUAAGCAAAAUGAUGGACAUUUUUUUGAAAAGCUAAUAAAAUGUGUCUUAU